AUGUGGAAUCGAUUCAGUGGCAAACCUCAUGAUUCAAAUUAUGAUUUGCCCUCACAGAGUAUUCGGCGCGACGAUGAUGAACAGCGACCUCGUGCGCAUCGCUCCGAUUCUAUAGCGUCUUCCAACUCGAAUAAGAAAUCCUCUUCCCGGGCUGACGAUCGUGCUCCACGAGGCUUUAACCCUACAUCUACAAGCUACUCAUCUACUACCCGAGGGCAAUAUCCUGGAGCAGCAUCGGCUUCCAUAGCAUCGAGCUACGCAACAGCAUCCGGAAACAACAACUGCGAACCAUAUGUGGCGCCUGGUUUAGUCAGAAAUGCCAGCCUCGCAGACCAAAUGCAGAGGUCGAAAUCCUCGCGCUCCUCGCGCGAUCAGGACGAGGCUCGCGAAAUUAAGGACAAAAAGCGGGACAAGACAGAUAUAUUUGAUGGCCGCGAUCAAGAUAUUGAGAGACAGCGAAAGAGGGACAAGCGAGACAAGAAGGGCAGAAGCUUGAGAAGAUCUGAGAAUGGACUCGACGAAGAGGUCGGAAGCAGCAGAGGUCCUGACGAUUUCCCUGAUCAGGUUGCGAGCUCUGGUUUCUCGCAAUUCCCUGGCCAGAACGACGGGGCAAUACCAGGACCCAACGGCGCCGCACCCGAACAUCCAGCCAUGUCCUCCCAUGUGCAAGACCAGUUUCCCGGUCAAUUUCCGACUCAGUCCUCUGCUCCAUACCGUCCACCACUGGCCGCCAGCGAAGGAGGUCCUGGACUCGCGGCUGAAUACUAUGGUGAUGAUGGGCAGUCUGUUGCAGAACAGCCUGGAAAUCGAGCAAAUACGCCAUCUCUUAUCAUUGGGGCAGAACCUCACCUUCAGCCUGCAUUGGCUGUGGCAGCCCCGCCACCAGAGCCGAGCGCUUCUGGAGCGGUCGGUGCGGCAGCGUCCUUCUUCAGCGGUGAAUUUGAAGAAGAUGAAGCCGCAUCGACCCACGGCCAGCAGAAUGCGUCAACAUACGUCACAAGCCAAAUCAGACCCAACAGCAACCACCAUUCGUCUUCCGCCCCAAUCAUACCCACCAUAGGUGGGACAGCCAUAGGAUCGGCUGCUGGCUAUCUCAUUGACAGCCAGACCUCAACACAUCAGCAGCGCACGGAUCAUAAGUCAUCAAUAGGAGGAGCCCCUAGUGAAUAUUCUGCCGUCACGACUCAACGCCCGCCGUCUCAAACACAAGCCUCACAGUACUCCAGCAAGUCUCAGCCACCAACGCUAGGCAAGCAAUCAUCUCAGUCGUCUAACACCCCGAUUUAUGCAACCGGGGCAGCAGGCGCCACAGGGUUGGCGGCAGCAGCAGCUUACGAGCACAAUCAUCACUCUUUAGAUCACAAUGUCUCGUCAGCGCCUCAGUAUUCAACAACCUCCAUGGCUCAGCGACAUCGCAAUAACGGUCCCUUCGGCGCGUUGCUGGACUUCUUCAAAGAUCCUGAAGGAGUAGCUCAGUUCGAAGAAUACUCUCAGAUCAUAGGUGUUUGCAGGGACUGCUUCGCGCCGGGAUCCUCAACAAGAGAUGCUCCGAGAAAACAUCUUUAUGGGAGACGACAAUCAAAUGAGCGGUACGGCAGCAGUACGCGCGUCGACAAAGAUAGUCGAUAUUAUUCUUCCGACAAUGAGGGUCGACGGAAGAGCAACAAGUCCUGGCAGGCCGCUGGUCUCCCGGGCUACGGGCUGGCAAAACUUGGAGAGAGCUUGUUUCAAGAGAAGAACGACUAUGAUGAUACCUACAUUGUGAAAAAUGGGCGCUUCUCGCCGGAUGGGAGGGAUCGUAGAGCACGCCGUCGAAGUCGCUCCAAAGAGCGUUUCGAAAUUGAAAUUACUGGUGAUGGCAAAUCGGACAGAAAAGAACCGCGUAAUGAUACUUCCACGGGCACGAAAAGGCUGACAUAUAGCACGGGUCGUCAAUCAGGAACGAGGUCUAGAUCAAGAGAUCGAAAGACUGGCUUGACCGAAGCUGCUAUUGGCGCAGCACCAGAAACCUCCGCGGUCGCGUCGAGUUCUCGACGUCGGAGCCGCUCUCCGAAACGUACAUCCGUUAAAGGUAAGCACAAAGGUCAAGAAGCCUCGCCUGAGAGACGCCACAAGACCAAGAAGAAGAAGAAGAGAGACAGAAGCUUCUUCGGGUUCGGCAACGGAUCAUCCUCGUCAUCUAGCGUGGACUUGGCAUAUACUGGUGGUCAAGACAAGCACCGAAGCAUUAAACGGUCGAAUGGCAAGUCCAAAGAUGAUAAGAAGGCUGAAGCAGCUCUACUGGGCCUUGGCGCGGCGGCAGCAGCGCUUGCCCUGAACGAUGGUCGUCAAGGUCACCGAAAGAAUGGCGUAAGAGAACUCGUGGGGGCGAAGAAGACAAAAGGUCAUGAUGGACAUGGCUCCGGACAAGCGCACAGACCCAAGAAAUCUUAUGGAAACCUUGACGACGAACUUUGGGAAUCGGCUGCAGAAGACGACUACGAGAGCAUAGAUUCCGACCUGGCGUACGGUGCACCAGUACGCAGGGAUAGUCGAGCAUCAUUUUCUUCCGAGUCAUCGGGAACCAAUAAGUGGGGUUGGCGUUGGGGCAGCAAAAAAAAUCGGAGAGCGUCUUCCCCACGGCGAAAGUCAUCUGACCAUAGUAGCUUUCCCCCAGUAGCUAGUGUGACACGUUCAAGUCUAACAGGUGCGGCCAUGACGCCUCAAGAUCAGCCUCAGGGGAGUGCGAUGGACAGUACAAGCAGCCUUCCCCUGCAGCAUGUCUACCCAGUGCCGACUUCUGAUCCUUCUCGCUUCGACGUUGGGCGAGAAGGUUCAAUCGUGUCUUCGAGUAGACCGGUCAUGUCCUCUCGGCCAGAAGCUGUUCCUCUUCAACAUCCUCGCCCAAUAGCCCCCGUUUCAGCAUCAAUCUACUCAAGUCAAACGGCGUAUGAUCAUUCUCAUAGUGCGCCAAGUGGUCCUGCUGUGUUCUCCCAAACUCCGUAUCAUCAUCAUCCGGGAACGUCUGAUGAUCGACAUAGCACUCACGAAGCCAGCAUACCUGGCAGCUUCCCUCGCGUCGAGCAACCGGCGGAUGACACUGCUCGCGAUUUUAGGAUACGGAGGAGAGACACAUCCCCUGGAAGAUUCGGAGAAGACUCUAUAUCGAGCUCCAUGGCACCUCCGCGCCGAACUUCCGUGAGAGACGACUCCUCUGCAGUUCGAUUCGAUCUGACAGAAGAGCAAGAAGAAAGAGAUCGCCGCGAGAGGCGUCGGAAGAGAAAGGAAGAUAAGGAGCGUCGCGAAGCCGAAGAGCAAGAGCAGGUUGAGAAGGAUCGUCGUUUCUCAAGGGAACGAUCAAGCAGAAAAUUAGGCUCGAACACCAAGCCGGAGGAAGUUCUUGAAAAAUCUUUUGAAAAAUCAUGGGCCGGUCCCGCCGCUGCUGGAGUCAUUGGGGCCGCAAUUGGUGCUGCGGCUGCAACAGACAGGUCGAGAUCUGAAGAGACGCGGGAGGAACGCCGCGAACGUCGACGGAAGGAACGUGAACUCGAAAACGAAGAAGAUGCUCUCAGCAAAAGCGAACGUCGACGAAGACAGCGGGAACGUGACGAUCAAGAAGCCGCAAUCAAGGAACGCGGUAAUCUACCUGACGAGAAUUGUGCGUCACGCGGGUACGUGGAUCACGAAGAGCGUUCUCCGGAGAAACAGGACAUGUCUGUAUGGCAAGAAGCGGCAAGCACCAAGCGAAGCUCUGUUCAUGAAAACUAUGGUGCUUUCUUCACCCCACUCGAACUCCUUAACAAAUCGAGUGACCAGAUAAAGAUUACAAGUGCUAAUGCUGACGCUGAUAUUGAUAUGGAACAAGUCCCACAAAUUGUCACAGUGGAGCCAAAGCGAAUCCGCGAUCUCUCUGACUCGCCGGCGUUCUCGCUCGUGGACACCGACGACAAGAUCGAUCCUUCAAAGUUGUCGUUUCCUUGGCAGGUACCAAAGCUCAGGCUUGUAGAGCCGACUCCGCCUUCAACCAGGGGCUCCACACCCAUUCCCCGACCUAAGGAUGCCGGUGACGAAGGCUUCGAAGAGCCUCGGAAGGAGCCUUCGUCUUCAAAGGUCAAGUGGGGAGAUGACCAGACUCACGAAUACACAAUUAUCGCUCCAAAGGAGGACCACGAUGAAUCCGUCGAGCCAUCCUCUGGGGACAUGAGCGUACCAGAUCCAGUAGAUUUAUCAAGCAGCACGCACGAGCGUGACUUGCCGGAUCAUGAAAUGCACCCGCGCAAUGACUCAACAAUGGAAAGUAGCUCAGCAAUUUAUGGUGAGGAUGCUGCAUUCGCGGCCACGUUAGCCGCCAGUGCAGAAGAUGCAGGCUUCGAUCCUUCUAUUGUCAUCAAUAACCCAACAUACCGACGUCGAGACUCACCCCCAGGAUCUAACGAAAACAGCAUGCCUGGCGGAUUCGAUGAUGAGAACGAGCCACGGCUUCACAAGAAAGACCGGAAGAGAAAGGAGAAAGCUUCUAGACGUCAGAGUCAAAACGACGGUCCCAACGGGCGAGAUGACGAUACAAUUGUGCAGGAUAUCAUCAGCCAAGUGGAAGAAUCUGAGUUUCAACCUCCAAACCAGGUUCUGCUAGAGAAACUAGAUGACGAGUGGGAGAAACCAAAGAAAACUAGAUCCAGGAAAUCCAAAAAAAGUCAAAAGGGCUCUGAGUCUAGGGACGAUCUCUUCGAGACGUCUGAAACUACGAGUAAGGCUCUAGAUUCGGAGAGCCGAGACGUGUACGAGUCGCCUACUGAAGAUGUUCGCUCCAUCGAGUCAAUCAGCAAUAAAGCAGAGAGCGGCAGGAAGUCCCGCAAAAAGUCAAAACGGAAUAGUACUGGCUUUGAUGAUGCUGCGUCUACCGUGCCUUCCCCAUCUACGAACGAAGCUAGCAAAGACCCCAAUUCCCAACCAAAGGAGAAGCGCAAAGGUAGCAUCUGGGAUCGGGUCCUUGGUAAAUCCCCUGGCAGCCUUCCGCAAGAAAAUGGUGCCAAGGACGUUACAGACCAGUCAAUUUUGAAGGACUUCGGGGAACCUAAGAUGAAGAGUAAAAAGACCGAGGAACGGAAGUCUAGUCGCGACGGGGACGACAAUCACGACAGCAAAGAUCGAAGCAGCAUUGGAGGCACCGUGCCGCAAGUUUCAGGUAGGAUCUCCCAAGACCUACCGGUAAAGGUAUACACACCAGUCCCCAGCGGUCGUGCAUACUCGAAAGAAUUGCUGAACAACUCUCAGGAUCACGGAACUAGUCUGCCCCCACUCUUUUCAGACGCGGGCUCAGUGGCCCAAUAUCUAGACCGUAGUAUAAAAGCGGAGCAAGUUGAGGAAAAGCAGCCAGAGUCUUUUUUAGGGAUGCGCCCAGAACCACCGCCGCCACCUGACACACGUGCUGAAAGUGAGGCGCUUUCCGAUCUCUCGGAGACGACCAGCCUCCCAGCCACACCUCACGCUGAGUCUGAGACUCAGAGCCGGCGUUUCUCAGAUGCUGAAACCUCUAGCCCAACACAGACCACGGCUGCUCUUCCGUCCUCGCCUACAGCUGUACCUUUCCAUUUCCGUCGACCAGGCCGCUCAUCUAGUACCGCUCGAUCUCUGUCCCAAACGCCAUUUUCCUCAAACGAAUCGGCGACUGAUCUCACUCCGAAACAGAAGACACGUCCUCGCUCCACGGAGUUCAAAUCCUCAAAAGAAAUCAGGCCCUUGUGGCCUGUAGAAAGACACCGAUUACACCAGGAGCCAAACCCUGACGAAACUUACCCUUCUCUUCCUUCAAGCCAUACAACCUCAAGGAGCUCAUCUGUCCACAAUCUGGAGGGAAGUGAACACCACCAGAGGGGACCCUCCGGAUUGAACGAGGCAGAGCAUGAGCCGAUUCAAUCAGCGCCAGUGACCUCCACGGAUAGUCACCCAAUACAGUCAGAUCUGCUUGAAUCACAAUUGGCGACCUCUCCUACUGCAUCCUCUUUCCAAGAUUCUAGGACCGUUAAGGAUUUGCUGUCUCCGCAGGCUAGUAGAGACUCGUCUCCCAAAGUAAGCGCUGAGGAAAAUCCUCACGAGUCAUCCUCUACCUUGAAAAGCGCUGUUUUAGGUGCCGUCCUAGGAGGCCCUGCCGCUGUGGCUCUGAAUGAACCAAUUCAGAACAAUGCUCCAAUACGGCAAGACCUGUUCCGAGAAGAGAACGAGGAUUUCGAGCAUGCUUUAGAUGAUAUGGUUCUGGACACAAUAGCUUACCCGUCCUAUAAUAACGCUCUUGGUCAAGGGGAGGACUUUGUUCCUCAAAAGACCAGGAAAGGCAAGAAGAAUAAGCGGAAAGCCGGCCAAUUUCAACAAGAAACAGUUCAACCAUCUUUUGGAGGGGCUGUGGAGGCUAAGCCAAGCACGAACUCCAUAGACGUGGAGCUUCUGAGCGCCGGAACCAUGCGCCAAAUUCAAGAACAGGAUGCCCAGGAUGCCGUGGAUUCAUGGUUCCCAUCAGUUCUCCUGUCAAGUAAAGGAAAGAAGGGCAAGAAGGGCAAAAGCAGGGGGCUUGCUGAGAGAUCACCGGAAGAAAAUGGACCAUUCCCAGAUACUUACGAGCCUCCCAGGGACAACCUCAAAAACACAGUACCAGCAGGAGGUCAAGAAAGCGACACUCUGACGCGACAAAUGUCUCGAGAGCAGAUUGUGGAUAUCAUGACUGCCGUCGCGCAAGAUGCGAACAAGGAUGAAAAGAAGGCAUCGCAAUCUGCGACAGCUGUGGUUCAAGAGCCUUUCGAGACCCUGGCCGAAGAAAAUUGCAGCGAGUCGAAAGUCAAGGAGGACAACAAAGGACAAGAGGACCUCCCUCAAGACGGCCUCCAAACGAAGACCUUUUCCAAAGACGGAUUCCCACAAGAAGACCUCCCCCAAGACGGCCUUGCACAAGACAACCUCCCUCAAAGCGGUCUUCAACAAGAGACUCUGCCCAAAAACGAACCCCCACACAGCGAGCUCCCACAACUCGAAAAUAAUCAAGAGACCCUCCCCCAAGGUGACUUCCCCUAG